GCUUCAACAAUGUUAAUCAUGAAAUACGCAGUUGCAGCAAAGGUGAAAGAGCCAAUCUUGCGGGCUAUACGAGGAGAAGCACUUAUUUGAAGAAAUUAGAAGAAAGGAAAGGAAUAACGUCCAUUGAGUCAUCGCUGCUUUCACCGAAGGCUGUGCCCAAAGAGGCCUAUAUUGUGUACUUGAAAUACACAUUACAACAUCUUCAGACACUAUUUGACUUCUACAGCUUUAAAUCGGCGCAGUUAAACUUCAACAAUUACCAAGGCAAACAACGAGCAGAUGCUGAGGUAACUAAUGUGUUAAUUGACGACGGUCGCAAGUAUAUAGGAGGAAAAGAAAACAUACAAACAGAAACAAGAAAAGGAAACGACGACUGAAGAAUGGCCAGAAGAAGACAAAUGGAGGCUCAAGAGGGAAAAAAGAAAGAAACAAUAAAAGAGGAGCCGAAGAGAAAAGAAGAAGACGUUGACUUAUGCAGAAACAAGGAAGAUGAACGUAAAAUCUGGCUCCAAGAGAAGUUUAUGAACAAAAGGCUAGUCAUGACUCUUGUCGGGUUCGGGACGGGGAUGUUCGGAAAAAGCACAGUAAGAAUGAAAAGGCAAAUCUCUGGUGUCGCAGGUGUCCUCUACAAAACCCUACUAAAUAGGCAGAAGCAGCAGCUUGUUGCGGUAGUCGAUGUUGAUGAUUAUUGCACGUCGCAGAUCGGUGCUGGUGCACGUUGUUACAGUACGAAAGUUUUUUGGGUAUGUCAUGGAAAACCCUCACAAUUUAUUCCACAGAAUUGCCGUAGCGAAGACGGUGCUGUCGAUUCCUCCAACCAGGCGGCUUAAAGAUGCUUACGCGUUUAG